UACCUCCUCUCAUUGUUCUUGUUUGCUGGCUAUGUUUUGCAAGAUCUCGGGCUGUACUACGCAUAUAGAGUCGGGACAACGGAUAUUUCGGCUUGUGUGAUGGUCAUAUCGAGUUCAUCGUGUUGGUGACGGGCCGAAUUUCCAUGAGUCGUGUGGUCUUUUGAAAGAGAUGAGAGAACGGCGCUUGACAAGACAGUUGCUCGAGCAGUGAACCCGCAGAGCAUGUCUCCAUCUGCGUCUCCCGUCGGCGGUAGUGCCCUUAUUCACUUAUUGAGAAGUCAUGACUCGCAACCGGGAGCAUGGGAAACCAAGUCCAAGACCUCGGGAACGGAAAAACGAGAGCGAUGGGCCCGGACAACGUCAAUGACGCAAUCAUACCACGAAUGGCAACAGAACACUCCUGUCAUGUUCGAAAAUUUCAGACACAAUGGGCACAGCAUUCACAAGUACCGGUAUCCAACUCGCCAGGUCGCAAUUGGCACCAUGGCUGUCUACGAUGUGACCAGAGUCACGAUUCCAGAGAACCAAGUUGGUUCAAUGGCCUACGAUGUCGAGAACUACAGCUUGGCAAUGACUUACCUGACGCUGCUCGAUGGGAUAUCAUGGUGA